AUGGCAUAUGUGUUUGUUUUACUUCCGUCACAUACAGGAAUAAGAUUUCGAUCUGCAAUACUGGGAAUGACAUACAAAAAACUCCUGAAGUUGAAGAGUAUGAAUGGGAGGAUUGCGUCUGAAAUAAUAACAAUAUUUGGAUCGGAUGCCUUGAGAGUGUUUAUGAACACUCUGCUGUUCGUGUAUCUUCUUGCAAUGCCUAUCUACCUGAUAAUAGGGACCGUGUACAUCUACUACCUCAUAGGACUGUGGUGCUUCGUGACUUUUGCAACAUUCAUUGUCCUCUUCGCAAUACAGGCUUUUCUUAUUGAAAUAAUCUCAUACCUCAGACGAAAGACGUUAGAAUGGACAGAUAUAAGGAUAAGAAAGAUGAACGAAGUUCUCGCUAGCAUGAAGUUGAUUAAAAUGUAUGCGUGGGAAGACUCUUUUAAAAAUUCUAUUAUGGAUAUAAGGGAAACUGAAACUAAACCACUGUUGCAAUCGACGAUAUUAAAUGCGAUUUCCAAUGCCAUCAUCCCGAUUACCCCGUCACUAGCUACGGUAGCCACCAUAGCCACGUACGUCAAUGCGGGAAACGAACUGACAGCGUCGACGGGUUUUUCUAUUGUUGCAACCCUCACCUUCAUGCGGAUCGUAGUGUCGUUCGUUCCUUAUUCCGCUCGGAUGUUUGGAGAAACCUUGAUAAGUUUCGAGAGAAUAAAGCGAUUCAUGUUGGAAGAAGAAUUCAAGCCACCAGGACGAGAUGUCGUCAAUUCUGAUAAUGCUAUUGAGCUCCAUGAUACGGUGUUUAAGUGGGGUGGCGAUAACAACAACAAUCCAGACGACAAUCUUACGUCUGAGGAAUCCGAAGAAUCAAACUGCGAGUCAUCAUCGCUAGUACUGCGGAACAUCAAUCUUACAGUCACAAGGGGGAAGCAUAUUGGAAUAUGUGGAGCUGUCGGCUGUGGCAAAUCGUCCUUGGUACAAGCACUGAUCGGAAGGAUGCCACUGCUAACUGGACGUCUGGCUGUUGACGGUUCCGUAGCCUACGCAGCACAACAGGCCUGGGUAUUUAACGGGACGUUGAGGGAAAAUGUCCUUUUUGGAAAUCCCUAUAAUCCAGAUUGGUACACAAAGGUUUUAACCGCAUGUAGCUUGGAUCCAGAUCUCCGCAUAUUGGCCAAUGGCGACAUGACUGAGAUUGGUGAUAAAGGCACUAAUCUUAGUGGUGGUCAGAAACAGCGCGUGAGCCUGGCACGUGCCGUCUACAGUAAACGCGACAUAUAUCUCCUUGACGACCCGCUGUCUGCUGUUGAUGUCCAUGUUGGGCAGCACCUGUUCCACAAAUGCAUUGAUAACGUUUUAAGGGAUAAAACUGUUGUUUUAGUAACUCACCAAUUGCAGUAUUUAAAACAUUGUGACGAAAUUUACGUAAUGGAUGAUGGUGAAAUAACCGAACAUGGAUCACACGAAUGGUUGUUGGCCAAGGAGGGACAUUACAAAAAGCUGAUGGAACAAUUCAACUACAACCUAGACGAGACACAUGCUGAAGAAGGUAAAAUUUUCGCCGACAAUAAUAUAGACCAGGAGGAAUCUAUUGAUAUAUCCAAAAUACAACAGCAGAAUGAUUCUUCAGGAACGGUUGACUAUGACCACAACUAUGAAAAAGGUAUUCUGACCGACAGAGAGACAUCACAAUCUGGCAGCUUAAGUGUAGGUGCAUACAGAAGCUAUGUUCGAGCAGCCGGAGGCAAGGUAGUGGUAGCUAUUGUGGUCCUGCUCCCUACCGCCAACAUCAUCAUCAUCAACAUCACCACUUCCUACUACACCUAUGCAACGUUCACCAUCACCACCAAUGUCAUUAUUGCCUACAGCGCCCCUACAACAAGCACCAUCACCACCAACACCAUUAUUGCCUUCAGCGCCCCUACAACAAACACCAUCAUCACCAACGCCAUUAUUGCCUACAGGACUACCACAGAUCAGAUAGCACUCCUUUCUGACUCCAACGCUACAAACAUGAUAUGGUCAAUUAAUGAGAGUACCACCAUGUCAACAGUACAGGCAACAAAUACGACGUCCUCCUCGGAGUUGGAAGAGGAACUAGAGGAAACGGAUUGGUAUUUGAUUGUUUAUAUGUUUACAACUCUAGUGAUAGCGGGACUGGCUGUACUGAAAGGAGUAAUAUCAGGCGCAGUGUUGAUAAAGGCUACAGUAACCCUACACAACAAUGCCGUAGGGAGAGUGAUGAGUGCUCCUAUGCAGUUCUUUGACGCAAAUCCACCGGGCCGACUCCUUAAUCGAUUCUCGCGAGAUGUAGAGGAUGUUGAUGUGUUCCUCCCUAAUCUGAUUGAUAAUCUACUCCAGGUCACGGUCCUGAUAAUAGCAUCUAUUGUCAGCGCAUCCUACAAUUUCCCCUUCCUCCUUAUCGCAGUUGUUCCCGUUGGAUUCUACUGUUAUAUUAUUAAAACCAUGGCAGCCGUGUCAGUCCUAAAUAUCAAACGACUUGAGAAUGUCGUAAGGUCCCCACUUAUUAGUCAUGUGACCACAUCAUGUAAUGGACUUAGUACCAUUGUUUCCUACUCGCAAGAAAACAACUUCGUGAAUGGAUCCCAAGAAUACUCGGACAAGACUUCAAUGGGACUCUUUCUUUUUGAAUCUUGCAUCAAGUGGAUGGGCCUCAGAUUGGACUUCGGCGGAUCUGUACUGACAAUAGUUAUAACUAUCAUUGUACUCUUUACUAAGGGAACCAUAUCUCCUGCUUUGGCCGCUCUGUCACUCACCAUGUCCCUCAAUAUGACAUCUGUUAUCCAGUUCUUCGCCCGGAUGUUGAAUGAGGUGGAAUCCAGAUUUACAUGUAUUGAACGUAUUCAUGAGUAUGAAAUCCUCGACAUCGAGAGGGAAACUGGGAGUUCGAAAGUAGACGAAAACUGGCCAAGCCAAGGAAGGAUAACAUUCUCCAAUGUGAUGAUGAAAUACCGAAGUGACAUGGAUCUGGUGCUGCAGAACAUCAGUUUCGAUAUUCUUCCCAAACAGAAGGUCGGCAUUGUCGGCCGCACGGGAGCGGGUAAAUCCUCCUUGGCCGCGGCGCUCUUCAGAUUGACGGAUAUAUCAGGAGGGCAAGUGGUUAUUGAUGACGUAGAAAUUGGAACUGUAUCGCGUAAACUUUUGCGUUCAAUGUUGUCGUCGAUUCCACAAGACCCUGUCCUUUUUGCUGGUACACUUAGGUAUAAUCUGGAUCCCUUUGAGAAGUACACGGACGCAGACAUCUGGACCGCACUUGAACAGGUCCAUAUGAAAGAAAAGAUGAAACUCCUUGAACAGACUCUUGCCUUAUACAUUGUGGAAAAUGGAGAAAAUUUCUCUGUGGGUGAACGACAACUAAUAUGUUUGGCACGUGCAAUCUUACGUCAAAAUAAGAUCCUCCUCCUAGACGAGGCCACAGCUUCCAUCGACACGUCCACAGACGCCUUGAUCCAGGAGACGAUCCGGGACAGCUUCUCCGACUGUACUGUCCUUACGAUCGCACACAGGCUCAACACCGUCUUACAUUGUGACGUCAUACUAGUUAUGGAGGCUGGACAGGUGAUAGAAACUGGCAAUCCGCAAAUGUUAUUACAGAAUCCGUAUUCACAGUUCAACAAUAUGAUUCGCGCUCAAAGUGUGCAGCCACCAGAUGUUUAA